AUGAGGAAUCACACAGAGCUGACUGAAUUCAUUCUACUGGGAAUACCUCAGACCAAGGGAUUGGAGACUGUGUUCUUUGUCAUCUUCUUAUUCAUCUACCUCUUCACCUUAAUUGGAAAUUUACUCAUCCUCACAGCCAUCAUUUCUUCCUCUACCCUUCAUACCCCCAUGUAUUUCUUCUUAGGACUCCUAUCUACAUUUGACAUAUUUUUCCCUUCUGUAACUUGUCCCAAGAUGCUUUCCUACCUCUCUGGUCAGAGUCGAGCCAUCUCAUUUAGGGGGUGUGCUGCACAGCUCUUCUUCUAUCACUUUCUGGGUUCUACUGAAGGAUGCCUUUACUCUGUGAUGGCUUAUGAUCGCUUUGUGGCCAUCUGUCACCCUCUAAGGUAUAUGCUUAUUAUGAAACCCAGGGUCUGCGUGGGUUUGGUCAUGGGAACCUGGUUGGUGGGUUUUCUUCAUGCCACCAUACUGACCUCCUUAACUUUUCAGUUAAUUUACUGUGGCCCCAAUCAGGUGGACUACUUCUUCUGUGACAUCCCUGCUGUCUUACCACUGGCUUGUUCUGAUAGUUCCCUGGCCCAGAGGGUGGGAUUCACUAAUGUUAGCCUUCUGGCUUUAAUGCUUUGGCUUAGUAUUUGUGUCUUCUAUACUCAUAUUGGGAUUGCCAUUUUGAGGAUCCGUUCAACAGGAGGCAGGCAGAAAGCUUUCUCCACCUGUAGUGCCCACCUUGCUGCAAUACUCUGUGCUUAUGGACCUGUAAUCAUCAUCUAUCUGCAGUCCACACCCAAGCCAUUACUUGGUGCUGUGGUGCAAAUACUAAAUAAUAUUGUCUCACCCAUGCUGAACUCAUUAAUCUAUUCCUUAAGGAACAAGGAAGUAAAAAGAUCCCUGAAAAGGGUGUUCCACAAAGUAGUACCUACUGUACUGGAAUAA